AUGGGACUAUUAGCUUACUCCAAGAAUUCAACUGACGAAUGUACAUUUGCUCUUUUAUGGAAUCAAUCUACUCUCAGCAGUCAACAACCGUUACUUUAUGUAUGCAUCAUUGCUACCUUCACUCAUUCUCUCUUUUGGCUUCAACUUCUCUUCUUUUCGUCUAUCCGACAGAAAUCUAUGCAAUGGAUCUACGUGUAUCUCGCUACGGACAUUCUUCUUGUCAUUCGAUUCUUCUUUCUCUUUAUCAUACAUACACUAGUAAUCGAUUGUCGACCGAGUGAAGGAUGGUAUCUAUUCAUCUGUUAUUUUGAAGCAACACUGGAUAAUUAUUUGAAUACGCUUGAAGUAUAUAUCUUACUUGCAUUGAACAUUUGUCGACAUGCACAAAUUACACGUAAUAAAAAUGUCUAUGAAACAAAUGCACGAUUAUUGAUUGUGGCACAUCUCGCAAUUUACAUCCUUCCAUUAGUAAACUUAGUGGGGCAAAUCUUAUUAAACUGGGCUAAACUCGAUGCUCAUAGUAGUGACAUAUGUGAUUUAAGAUUCUCAGCUACAUCCGUACAAAUUUACAAUCUUACGGUCGCUUUCGUCCUACCGAUUAGUCUCAAUGUAUUUGUUAUCUACAGAAGUGCUCAUCAUAUUCAACUAACUUCACGUUUACGUAGAGGUCAAUGUCAUAUAUCCGCGCGCGAGAAGUAUCACCGAUCUUUAGUAAUUCAAUUUCUUGUUUUCUAUACCAUCUGGCUUUUGCUUUGGGCUCCGAAUAUAAUCUUAUUUCAGUUGCAGAGUAAAAAUAUUCAAAUCAUAUCAAUAUGUCAACUGUUGAAUUUCAUCGAAAUCACCAUUGAUCCAAUAAUUAUUGCGGGAUUAGACAAACGCUUUUAUCGCGUGUGGAAAGACGUAUGGAAAUGUCUGAAGGACACGUUCCCUCUGAGAGUGAACCUCAACCUUAGGCAAAUAGGACCAUAUGCAAAUUGA